GCGGGCACCUCAGUGCACGCGGCCGCCCGCGCGGGGAGAGCAGGCCCCGACCGCGGCCUCCUCUGGCGCCUGUGGCGUCGACGCCCCGCGAUGGAGGUGGAGGAUGACUUCGAUGUUUUCGAUCCAGAGAGAUUAGUGCAAUGCCCAUAUAAUAAGCAUCAUCAAAUCAGAGCCCGCCGAUUUCCCUAUCACCUUGUAAAAUGCAGGAAGAGCUACCCUCGAGUUGCAAAGGAGUUGACCACGUGCCCCUUCAAUGCCCGCCAUCUAGUGCCUCAAGCUGACCUGCGUGAUCACAUAUCGAAUUGCCAUGACAAAAGGUUCAUUGAGGAAGAUAUAGUGAGUGAGUCCAGUGACUUCCAGAGAAGGCAGAUGAAUCCUGUGAGCACAUGGCAGGCACCGCCGUGCGAUGAAGACUGGGAUACAGAGUCCCGGGAGCAGCUGACUUCUCCAUUUGUUCUGGGCAUGGCCAACGAUGGCCUAAAGAGUGCCACCUUGGAACAUAAGGAUUACCUGCCUGCAGGUUUACGUGCCCCUGAGUCCUCUCCAUACAGCGUGCCAGAGAAGGCUGUAAGUAAGAAAGCACCGUGAUCACUCUGUCACAGCUUGGAGCCUCCACUUUGUUGCCAUGUGGGUGUAUGGAACUUCAUGUCGUGCAGUAAUGAGGAAUGCUGUGUGAAUUCCUUACAAUAUGCAUAAUAGCAAACAGCUGGAAUUUAAACAGUACCCUUAAGUACUUGUCCAGUCUCCAUGAGGGUUUCGUAGUUCUCCUUUAUAAAGAAUAAUUUUCCAACCCUUUAACAUGUUUGAGAGUUCUAGCAGACCUGUUCUUUCCUGUGGCAGGGGAAGAUGGUUAAAACUACUAUAAAAACAUCUUUAAGACUGUGGAAAUGUUUGGAAUAAACAGUAGGUUUACUUUCUCAAAAUGGAUGCAAAGUAUAAAAUGGGAGCUCAAUAUAUAAACACACAGAAUUAAGAAACAACACGUCUGGCAUUUGUGUAGAAAGAAAUUAACAUCAAAGGCAUUUUGAAAAGUGUGUUCCUCAAAAAACUGAACUUUCACCAUUUGUAGUACUACCAAUGCAAAACCACACAUGUUGACAAGCAUGCGCAGUUGUAUUCUGUUAAGGCUCUUGUUCAAAAUGACAAUUUAGAAUAAAAAGAUUGCUAUGAAUCC